AUGACUAGCUUUAGAUUUAACUUUUCCGGGGAAACCGUUAGCAAUGUUAAUGCAUCUACAGCAGAUUCCAGCAAAGUUAUACAGUGGUUUGACAGUUGCGAAGUAGUACCAGAACACCAAAUAAAAAAUUUCGAUGAAAAAGUUACUCGCGCGAAAAUGUUUGCCUGUGGUGAUGUCGAAAUUGGACAUGUAGUCGCUAGCGAAGCUUUAGCAAGAAUUGAAGAGAGUGGAUUAGAAAAUGCAGUUAAACUAGCAGAUAAAGAGCAUAGUGACUUGGUUGCUGGCACAUAUGAAGGAGGAUUUAAAGUUUGGGAAUGUACAUAUGACCUUGUUGAAUUUCUUGAAAAUGAAACUGAAGUUAAUUUUGACAGCAAAAAUGUUAUUGAUUUGGGAUGUGGAACUGGUAUUCUAGGAAUCUAUGCAUUUUUGAAAGGGUCACUUGUUACUUUUCAAGAUUAUAAUAAGGAAGUGUUAGAGUAUGUCACAAUACCAAAUGUUUUACUAAACAUAGAAGAGGAAAGUAAUAGGGCAAUUGAAAUAAAAAAGUGUAAAUUUUACUCUGGGGACUGGAAUUCAUUUAACAAAAAACUGCCAGAUGAUAUUGCCUAUGACUACAUUCUUGCUUCAGAAACAAUUUAUAAUCCUUGUAACUAUGACAAACUUAUUUCCUUAUUCAUUCAAAGAUUGAAGAAAGAUGGAGCUGUGUAUGUUGCUGCUAAAACUUAUUACUUUGGAAUCGGAGGUGGAAUAAGAGAAUUUGAACUAGCAAUAGAGAGUAAUGGAAAGUUGAAAAGUUGUGUUUGUUGGAAAAGUACAGGUGGUAUUCAAAGAGAAAUUAUAAAAAUAACUCAUAACAAACCUUAA